AAGCUAUUGUUAAGAUAGUCAGAGGCGUAAAACCUCUUGAGGAAACCGCCUGUCGUCAUAUCGAUGUCGUACAUACAUUUUACUGUUUGUUCAUUCGUUGCAAGGACGCAAAUGCCACGUACGAAUCCGUCAUAUUUGCUUACAAAGCGAAACAAGGCAACACAAGAACACUUAAUUGAUUAAAUUGGCUAUUGGAACGAGUAUAUUUACGAAUUUGCGUUCACGAGUGUGGUGAAUAGUGAGUUUCAACAUAAAAUUGCGUUAUAAUUGAACGAGUAAUGAACAGAUUCUUGCGGGAAAUAAUCGAUAAUAGACUUUAUAGUGAUCGCGAGUAAUUUUACAAAAGACAUAGUUGUUUUGGAACAUUCUGUGUUACUUGUUUCUUUUGUACCAGCUAUUUAGUAGAAAUAAAAUAUGAAUAGAUAUUCAAAUAUAUUUUAACAGUAUUUUCUGUGUGUGAUAUCAUCGAGUGUUAUCGUUAUAUUAUUCGUUUCGCUCACUUUUGUUCGGGCAUAGUUGAGAACACAAAUUAGUAACACAAAUGUGUUUCCUAUUCAACGCUAGUGUGUGGCAUACUAAACUGGCUUAUAUCUCAUAUUAACAAAUGUGGUGACAAAGAAAACUGAAUGUCGCACGAAGAUUUUCUUAGCCCUUGGGGCUUGCUAAUCAUAAUUGUGGUAGGAGUAGGAAUUAUUCUGAUUGCAUUGUUUCUAUUCAUUUGCUUCCUCACUCCUGGCUGUAUUGGCUACGAAUGCUUCAAGAAACGAAGAGACAAGAGCGUGCCUUUGCGAACAAAGCAAGAAAUAGGAAACUUAAAAUUAAACGAUAUCAGCUAUAGAUCAUGGAGACUCGGUAGUCUAUAUGAAAAUGACAAUAAUGGUACUAUCAUCGAGAAUAGAGAAUCUCAUAGAGACUCGUUUAAUUCUACCAAUGUUCAAUGUGAGAAUAUGGAGCGCUCUUCCACAUUGAAUUUGAUUUAUUCGGACAAGCAGAAAAUGAUGAAGGAGUUUCCUACAGAAUUGACAAUGAGUUUGCAAUAUUUACCACCUUACAAUGAUAUUAUUACCGGAAAGCUCGUUAUCGGUAUUGAAGCAUUAUAUGGCCUUCCUCCGAAACAAUACAAUGGUACAUUGGAACCUUACGUUACAUUGAAUAUUGUAAAGCAGUCAUGGAGCCACAGGAAUAAACAAAAAUUGCAUAGUUUUAGAACGAGGGGUAUCAGGCAUACUGCCAAUCCAAUCUACAAAGAGACUUUCAUUAUUGCAAAUACAAAGCCGCAAGAAGCUAAAGAAUGGAUAUUAGAUAUUGUUGCAUAUGAUCACGAUAGAUACGCGAAUCACACAGAAUUGUGUUCACUCAAAGUAUCAUUAAAACACAUGAAGAAUGUUUUUCACAGUCCGGAGAUUCAUUUGUUCAAUUACAAAAUGAAACCUUCUUAUCAGAUUCUGAAACAUUUUUAAGGAUGCGUUCUGUUUCACGCAUGAUGCGCAUAAAUGGCAAACGCAUAGCAUGGAAUGCAGACCCCGUUUCUCUCACACAUUUCAUGCAUUGAUCAUGCGCAUCUAAUAACGGAACAGAUUCUAUGCAGUUCAUGCAAUACUAGAAACAUGGACCAACAUGGAUGACAAAAU